CAAAAGUGAACCUAAAUUGCCGUUGAGGCUUAUUCCAAGUACUUUAGUAAAUGGGUUUCAGGAGAACGGAGAGGCGGGGAUCUGCCAAGGUUUGGACUUUUAUUAGGGGCACUAUGUAUACUUUUCACUCUUUUAUAUGGGCUAGCCCCUUAAACAGUCUUAUUUCAUGAAAGUUUUUAAGGGAACAUUUUAGAUGUUGGAGUGCAUUAAUGGUUGCUCAAAGUAAUUGGAAGGAAUUGAAAAUAUCAUGUGCUUCAUGGGCCUUUUUGCUUGCUGGAACCGUUGGAGGACUUCUCAAAAUUACUCAUUUACACAGAUUAUGGAUAUUGAAACACAAAGGGACAAGAAUAACCCUAAAUCCUGAUAAAUGGAUUGAAUUCAAGCUGCAAGACAAGGUGCAGGCCAGCCACAAUUCCCAGUUAUUUAGGUUUUCAUUUGAUCCCAGUGCAAAGUUAGGCCUGGAUGUUGCAUCCUGCAUUAUUACAAGAGCUCCUAUGGGACAAAAUGCUGAAGGCAAAACGAAAUAUGUGAUUCGCCCUUACACUCCUAUAUCAGAUCCAAAUGCCAAGGGAUACUUCGAUUUGCUAAUUAAGGUGUAUCCAGAAGGUAAAAUGAGUCAGCAUUUUGCUAGCUUGAAACCAGGAGAUGUUGUAGAAGUGAAAGGGCCGAUUGAAAAACUCAGAUACAGUCCAAAUAUGAAGAAACACAUUGGCAUGAUUGCAGGAGGAACUGGAAUUACUCCAAUGCUUCAGAUAAUAGAUGCUAUCCUUAAGAAUCCUGAUGAUAAUACCCAGGUCUCACUGCUAUAUGCUAAUGUAUCCCCUGAUGACAUACUUCUCAAAAAGAAGCUUGACGUGCUUGCUGCCAGCAACCCUAACUUAAAGAUAUUCUAUACUGUUGAUAAUCCAACAAAGGAUUGGCUGGGAGGUAAAGGUUAUAUAUCAAAGGACAUGGUAGUGAAAGGCUUGCCCAGCCCCAGCGAUGAUACACUUAUCCUUGUUUGUGGUCCCCCUGGAUUAAUGAAGCAUAUAUCUGGCGACAAGGCAAAGGACCGGUCGCAAGGACAGCUGACUGGCAUACUCAAGGAACUUGGAUACACCGAAGACAUGGUUUACAAAUUCUGACCCCUGAUUUUUAUGUUCAUAAGCAGUUCAAAGAAUGGACUUGAACAAUAUACAAUAAUUCUAUGCAAAGCAUGGAUUGAUUUAUCACUCCUUGGGCGGUGACUAUGUUUAAACCUCAAGUAUGAAUCUUUGAUGGCAAAAACUGUUUAUGACUCCGCAUUGUAUUGUCUUUUCACUUUAUUCUAUUGAGGGAAAUGAUCGAAAAUACAAAUAACUAGAUUUUUGGGUUUGAAUUAGAGAUGUCACAGUUGUCGGAUGGAA